AUUAUAUAAACAAACAGUAUCAUAAACACGAGGCUCUCUAUCAGCUUUUCAACACUUCUUUUUUUUAUAGUAACUGAGCAGGGUAAACUCAUGGAAGAGAAUACCAGGCGAUUGGAAGUGCUGUCAUCUAGUGAAGAAGACAUCACAUGCAGAACAUUUAUAUUUAGAAAUGAAGAUCAUACCUUUGGGAAUGCACUACGAUACAUUAUCAGUAAAAAUCCUGAAGUUGAAUAUUGUGGAUAUUCUGUACCACAUCCAUCAAUACAUGAUAUAAAUUUUAGAAUUCAAACAAAAGGAGCUGCGGCUACAGAUAUCUUAAAAAAAGGAUUAGAAGAUUUACAAACUUUGUGUGAUCACAUGAAUAAAACAUUUCAGAAUGCCUUAGAAGAAUAUAAAGGUACAAAGAUGGAUGGUAUUGAACAAGCUCUUCAAGAAAUGGAUGCUUAAUUGUAGUCUUUCAUAUUCUAGUUGUAUAUUUAUGUUAUUAUUUUUCUAAUAAAAAUUCUCUUAAUGAUAC